AUGGCCGUCGUGGCCAACGAUGACAUCAUCAUUACGAAACCUGUGGACUGCAGUGAUGACGUCAGCGUGGAGUGCGAGGAGGAUCAGCUGAUGCAAAAUGACGAAAGACUUAUCUACCCGGUCCCGUCAUCAAGAAAUAGGAAAAAGAAUUUUAGAGAGACAACAGCAUCAGUUGUUGACGUGCCAGAAAGUUCCGGAAACUUGGAAGACGACGAUGAUGGCGAUGACGACGAAGAAGAUGGCGAUGAAGAAGAUGAGGAGGAGGAGGAAGAGGAAGAAGACGGUGAAGAGGAAGAUGAGGAAGAGGAAGAUGACGAUGCAGAUGACGAAGCCGUCGGUACUUCUGAAAAUGACGAACGCAACGCCAACAUAAACAUGAACGGCAAUCGAGGUGGCGGAGUUGGUAGAACCGAUGGCGUCACAAAAGCUUCAACCAAUCAGAUCAGACCCGCAGGUCAGAAGAAUAGCACUAAAUCCAAACCAAACAGCCCCAAUGAGAACAGACCUCACAGACGUCCCAGCGCCACACCCACCACGACGUCAUCAUCGUCGGUGGUUGCUCUCCCGGCCAGCACAGCCAACGCGGCCACGAAGAAGCCCCCCAUGUCACCCCCAUUUACCCACCCCCUCCCACACACUUCCAACGGGUACGUCUACAGCCACAAGCCACAAUACUACCCAAUGAACAGCCAGCAGAACCCCGGCGAUUUCUCCUCCUUGUAUCCGGACAAAAAAGAAAGGAACGGUCCGAAUCAAACGGCCAUCAACAUGAACAUCAUACUAAUCGCAGGAAUUGCGGCCGGGAUCGUCGUCCUUCUAUUCAUUUUGGUCGUAGCCGCCUGCAAGUUUUACGCUUCUUCUAGUGGUGCGGCAGCGGCUAAAGCUUUAAACGACUACCAAAGGGCUGCAGGAAAAUCGGCCUACGCUUACGAAGCGUGCAACACGGGAGCCAAGUGUAGUUCGCCGCUAUUGGCGCCUGUUUCUCAGCAGUCGCUACCAGCUGUUAACGCUCUAGCUCAAGCUGAUACAAGCGGGGCUGUCGUUGGGGCGCCCAACUGCGCUAUCAGUGGUGUCGUUGUACUUUCUGGUGCUGGUGGGCAAGUAGUGUUUCUAAGCCCGCCAAGAAAGAUGUAA